GGGAAGAGACCGAAACAAAGAUGGAUGACAAGAUGAGGAAGCUGUACAGUUGUGUCAUCUGUACCAAGUUGUUCGACGAAGCAACAGCCCUGAAGAGCUGUCGCCACAUAUUUUGCUGGAAAUGCAUUCAUGGCAAGAUAACAGAACAUGCCUGGCACUGUUGUCCAAUCUGCUAUGCUGACUUUGGUCCAGACCCUCUCAGAAGACUAAAACAUGACGACCCCCUUUUGCUAACAAUGGAAAGGGAGAACUUGCUUUCAGAUACUGAAGAUGAGGAGGAGGCCGAUUCUGAUGAUGACUAUAUGGAGGAAUCUGAUAGUUCUGAUGAAGAUGAAGAUGAGGAGACCGAUUCUGAUGAUGGUCUCAAAGCCAUGGUGAUCGACCCGAAAGGGAAGGCUAAGAUCUGA